GUGGAAGGAAGAGGGAAUUCUCAGAAGACUGUUGAUUCUUUGCAACGCUGAUUCAGGUAAAUGGUGGAAGGCCAAUGGCUCUAAGUGAAGCUCCAGUUGACCAUCUGCAACUCAAUAAUUGUGGAGCCAUACAAAGUACUACAGCUGCUACUGACGUGAAAGAACAUCCCAGUUCUUUCUCAAAGUCUGUCCUGGACCCAAAUGUAGAUGUGGAGCAGGAAGUGGCAAUUUCUAAAUUAGAACAUUGGCAACUUAAGGAAUCUUUGCAGUCUGGAUCACAGAGCCAAAAUGGUGGUGUCAAGCAGAAUGGGUCCCUUCAAUCUCCACGGUCCACUGCGUCCUGCUACUCAGCAUUAUCGUCACAUCUGGCAGAGUCUCAAAAGCUGGCCAAGCUCUUGCCCAGCUCUCUUUUGCAUCAUUGUUCUAUCUGCUGCCCUUUCCAUGAGCCCGGGUGCUGCAGUGGCAGCCAACAAGAAGGCAGUCCUUUGCAGGGGUCCUUGCACUCAAGAGCCCUUCACAUGGAUUCCUGCUGUGUACAGGGCACAUCUACUUUGUGCAUGCAAAACUUCUGGCAGGAGCAUUUCCAGAACCAACCAAACUUAUCAGCAUUAAGCCCAGCCAGACCUUUUCGAUUUCCCAGAAGUUAUGCAGAGCUCAUUGCUGACUGGCCUGUGGUGGUUCUUGGUGUGUGUACAGUACUCAUUGUGGUAUGCACUUUAGUAGGUGUCCUUGUGCCAGACCUGCCUGACUUUUCUGACCCCUUGCUGGGCUUUGAACCAAGAGGCACAACAAUAGGUCAGCGGCUAGUUACAUGGAACAAUAUGGUGAAAAACACAGGGUACAAAGCCACCAUGGCCAACUAUCCAUAUAAGUUUGCAGAUGAGCAGGUCAAAAGUCACCAAGAAGAAAGGUGGUCGGAAGAUCAAAGUGAUGAUAGAGAAAAAAGACAAGCAGAGUGGGAUUUUAGUAAAGACAGUUUCUUCUGUGAUGUUCCAAGUGACAGCUAUUCUAGAAUUGUAUUUGCCUCUGCUGAAGGAAAGAACUUGUGGAAUAUACACGCGAUUAAAUCCAUGUGCAGUUUUGACAGUGCCCGGGUUCGCUCUCAUCCACAGUACUUGAGUUUAUGUCAGCGCACAAGAGCUGACUCUUGUUGUCCUAGCUGGACUCUUGGGAACUAUAUUGCAGUUCUUAACAACAAGUCAUCCUGCCAAAAAAUCACAGAAGGAGAUGUCUCUCGUACCCUAAAGAUUCUGCGUAUCUGUGCCAAGUACUAUUACAAUGGCACGUUGGUUCCUGAGUGUUGGGACACGACUGCCCGCAGAAAAGAUCAAGUAAAGUGUGCCAAUGUCCCCAGAAAGUGCACCAAAUACAAUGCUGUUUAUCAGAUUCUGCAUUUCUUAGUAGACAUGGAUUUUCUUAACCCAAAAACCACUAACAUCAUUCCACCUGUUCUUAGGUAUAGCAUGUUGUUCUCCCCCACAGAGAAAAGAAAAACUAUGAUGAAUAUUUACUUGGACAACUUUGAGAACUGGAACUCUUCAGAUGGUGUCACCACUGUCACAGGCAUUGAGUUUGGCAUUAAGCAUAAUUUGUUUCAGGACUACCUUCUUACAGAUAUUGUGUAUCCUGCAAUAGCAAUUGUGAUUGUGCUAAUGGUCAUGUGUGUAUACACCAAGUCAGUUUUUAUCACCAUUAUGACCAUGUUUGCCAUCAUCAGCUCCUUAAUUAUCUCAUAUGUACUUUAUCGAGUUGUCUUCAACUUUGAAUUCUUUCCUUUUAUGAAUCUUACAGCACUAAUUAUUCUCGUUGGAAUUGGUGCUGAUGAUGCCUUUGUGUUGUGUGAUGUCUGGAACUACACAAAAAACGAUAAACCAAUCUCUGGACUCUCUGAAACUGUAAACGUCACACUUCAGCAUGCUGCUCUUUCGAUGUUUGUAACCAGUUUCACUACUGCUGCUGCCUUUUAUGCUAAUUACGUUAGCAAUAUUACAGCCAUUCGUUGCUUUGGUGUCUAUGCUGGCACUGCUAUUCUGGUCAAUUAUUUUUUAAUGGUAACCUGGUUGCCGGCUGUAGUGGUUCUUCAUGAACGAUACUUGCUAAACCUGUUUGUAUGCACCAGGUCACCUUCUCGUCGAAGGUCUCGCUCUGCAAGCUUCAUGAUGAGCAUGAGUCAGAAAGCCAACAAGUGUUUGUUAGUUUUUUCAGGGACUGCUCGAUUCGUAUUUGAAAAAGUAUUGCCAUGUGUUGUAAUCAAGCUGCGUUAUCUAUGGCUCUUCUGGUUUCUGGUCCUAACUGCUGGUGGGGCAUAUAUUGUCUGUGUGAGCCCUAAAAUGAAAUUACCUUCCCUGGAGCUAUCUGAAUUUCAAGUGUUUCGUUCCACACAUCCCUUUGAACGUUAUGAUGCAGAAUACAAAAAACUCUUUAUGUUUGAACGUGUUCACCAUGGGGAGGAUCUCCACAUGCCUAUUACUAUUAUAUGGGGUGUUAUUCCAGUAGACAAUGGUGAUCCAUUGAACCCCAAAAAUAAGGGCAAUCUGACCCUUGACACUACUUUUAACAUUGCCAGCCCUGCCAGCCAGACAUGGAUUCUGAAUUUCUGUCAGAAGCUUAGAAAUCAAAGCUUUGUGUUCCAGUCUGAUGAGCAAGACUUCACGAGUUGCUUUAUGGAGACAUUUAAGCAGUGGAUGGAGAACCAAGACUGUGAUGAAGCUAAAGUCUACCCCUGUUGCAGUCAGUCAACAUUCCCAUACAAACAAGAUGUUUUUGAGACGUGCAUAAAAAAAGCCAUCAUGGAGCUUGAACACAGCACUUUCUAUCAUCUGGACAGCAAGACUCCAGGGCCAAGAUUUGACAUUAAUGAUACAAUUUGUGCCAUUGUCCUUGAAUUUCAAAGUACAUUUCACUUUACACUUGCAUAUGAGAAAAUGCAUAUUUUUUAUCGUGAAGUUGAUUCCUGGAUUCAGGAAGAGUUAAAAAAUGCUCCAGAGGGAUUAACCUCUGGUUGGUUUGUCAGCAACUUGGAGUUUUAUGACCUCCAGGAUAGUCUGUCUACUGGCACUCUUAUUGCUAUGGCAUUGUCAGUGUUGGUUGCCUUAGGAGUUAUGCUUCUUACUACUUGGAACAUCAUUAUAAGCUUCUUUGCCAUCAUCUCCAUUGCAGGAACCAUUUUUGUCACGGUGGGAUCAUUGGUUCUCCUUGGCUGGGAACUGAAUGUCCUGGAGUCUGUUACCAUCUCAGUUGCUGUAGGACUUUCUGUGGACUUUGCAGUGCAUUAUGGUAUAGCAUACUGCAUUGCUCCAGAACCUGAUAGGGAGGGGAAAGUAGUUUUUUCCUUGAGCAGAAUGGGUUCAGCCAUUGCCAUGGCAGCACUUACCACGUUUGUUGCUGGAGCAAUGAUGAUGCCAUCUACAGUACUCGCCUACACACAGCUGGGCACAUUCUUGAUGCUAAUUAUGUGUAUCAGCUGGGCAUUUGCAACAUUCUUUUUUCAAUGUUUGUGUUGCUGUAUUGGACCUCAGGGUACUUGUGGACAGAUCCCUAUGCCUAAGACUCUUAAGUGCCAUACUUUUGAUGCAGGUACCUCUGGCUCCUCUUCCAAUCAUUGCCAGGAAAAACGCUGCCAAUCAAGCAAGUAUCAAUCAGAUACCAGGGAAAGCGAGGUGGAUUAUGAACUUGAGCCAUUGGCAACUAAUACUAGAAAUGCUGACAAGUCAGAGGACCAGGAAGUAUGUACCCAAAUAUCCAAUAGGAGUGGUUUUGAUAGAGAGAGCUCUGGACCUGGUAAUACCAUUCCAAGCUCAGAUCUGACUUGUCUACAUCUGAAUAAUACAAGCUGCACUUGCCAGGAUUUUUUGCAACAGCACAUAACAGCAACACAAUGGACCUGUCACCAACCCCGAAUGCAAGCAAGAGUUUGUCCAUGCCCUGCUUCACAAAUUGCUUUGUCAGGCAAUAAUGGGGCCAAAGGUCAGGACACCUUGUCUACUCUCGAUACAAUGCACAUGACCACCAAGCAUGACAUGAACCAAAGACAUUGUGCACCUAUCAAUUUCCACCAGUGUUCCCAUGGUUGCUACUUCAUAGGAUAUGGCAUACACACAUUGCACCUUCAGUCUGAUGGUGUAGGAAUCGAUGAGUCCCACUUAAUCAGUGCCGCGAACCCUCCACCUGAUGCGAUAAGCUGUCCAGGUUCGACUCAUAACACAAUUCAAUGCUGCACAUUAUCUCCCACACACAAAGACUGCAAUACUCAUGAAAACAGUGAAACAUCACAGGAUGAAACAAAUCCCCAAUUUUUACAAAACACUUUAUCCAACCACAUUAAAACAAAGAUCUCAAAUGACUCUUCUGUGCAGUGUUACCAUGAAAAGUUUAAUAUGGCACCUACAAUGUCUGACAGAAGAUUUCCUUGCAAACAGUAUCAUAAAGAGACAAGUGAGAAUAAGGAAUUCCCCUCAAAAAGAUUCUGCUUUAAGAGUACUUUAAAAGUGAAGUGCAAUUCAAUGGAGUUUAAAAAUCCAGUGAAUAAUUCAAAUGUCUCGGUCUUAGCCAGUAAUUCGAGCCCUUCAUCUGAAAGUUUAUGCUGAAAGACUAUGCUAUGAUACCUUGUGGUUACUGUUUAAUUAAACAUGUAAAUUCACAUUUCCCAUUUGCCCAUUGUGUAGAAAGGAGUACUGGUGUUUUAAAGGUCCUUAAACAUCACUUGUUUGGUGGAUAUUUUAUGCUCAACUUGUUUCCCCCUAUUAAGUUACAAGAUUGCAUAAGACCCUAUGUUUACACUGGCACUUUUUGUUAGAUGCAGAAAUGCAUUGAUUUCUAUUAUCUAUCAUAAUUAUUUAUCCAAAUAAAACUAUUC